AUGCGUUUUGUGCUCUUCAUCACAGCUACUCUCAACUGGUUGAUCGCCUUUGCGUCGCCCCUUUCUGCAGACCAAGAGCUUCAGCCGAGGGCGACGCACCAAGGAAUUGACCAGCAGACGUAUGACAAGCUUGUACUGUACGCGAAAUACUCGUCCGCGGCUUAUCAGAAUCACUGCCGACGACCCCUGGGACACACUUUGAUUCGAGAGCUCUCCAACCACGGGACCCAAGCCUUCAUCGCCCGGGACGACAACAAAAAAGAGAUAAUCAUAGCAUUCCGUGGCACUGAGAGUAAACUUGAUUAUCUCAAGGAUGCACUGAUCUGGCGGAAAUCCCUACACUGGGUACCCGGCCUGAGUAACGUUGGUUUCGCGACAGCCCACUCUGGCUUCAUGUCUGGCUUCAAUGCCGUUGGUAAAGACGUCCUGGGAGUUGUGUCAUGGCAAACUUCACAGUAUCCCUCCUAUCGGAUCGUCCUCACCGGACACUCGUUGGGUGGCGCCAUUGCGUCCCUUGGUGCGCUUGUGGUGAAGUCAGCGCUGCCGCAGGCCAAUGUCGUGCUGUAUACGUAUGGACAACCAAGAGUGGGUAACACCAACUUUGCAUCAUACCUAGAAAAGAUGAUAGGAGUAAACAACGUCUUCCGAGUCGUCCAUACAACUGAUUCGGUGCCGCUCAUUUUCCUGCGAAUUACGGGAUAUCGACAUUUCGGUACGGAGUACUGGAACUUCAAAGAUCCGGCAUCCCCAGCUACCGUGACGAGAUGUAAUGGUGGUGAAGACCCUAAUUGCAGCCGUUCACAAUGGCCCAUCCACUUCGACACUCACGAUAACUAUUUUGGAAUAAGCGAUCCUGACCUGAUCAGAGAGGACUUCGCUGCCCCUGCAAACCCGCUAAUGAAACGCCAACUUGCAUUCCUCAUUGCUCGAGCACAAAUUCCUCUGGAGUGGCUGCAGAUCCCACUAACCGAAGACGAGGCUGAAGAUUCGUUCGAGAGCGAUCUCCAAGACUGUCUUUUCAACGCGAAGCUCAGCGAACACUUCCGCGAUUUCGGUAAGGAACUCGGCGUUGAGGAUGCAAAGAACCUGGAGGAUGUCUACAAAUCGCACUUGGAGAACACAAGACCAGGAAUUUCCGCGAACAUCGACUCUGCUCGUGGCAACUUGGCAGGAACUUUCGUGAACGCAUUUGUGAAUGCAGGUUUCGGAAAUGAUAAGUUGAUGGUGAUGGCUGAGGAGGGCAACAGUUGGAUCUACAAGAACAAGGACCAUGGCAUGAUGAGCGCCGCGGCAUCGCUAGGCGUGAGCCUGCUGUGGGAUGUCGAUGUUGGUAUCAGCCACAUCGAUAAAUACACCUAUUCCGCCGAAGAGCAUAUCAAAGCUGGAGCCCUCCUCGCCACUGGUCUGCUCAACACCGGCAUCCGGACAGAGGCUGACUACGCUCUCAACCUGCUCUCCGAAUACACCUCAAAUCCCUCCAUCUCUUUGAAGACCAGCUCUAUCAUGGGCCUCGGCCUUGCGUACGUCGGCACGCACCGACAAGAAAUCCUACCUCUCCUCCUUCCGCACAUAGCCGACGACGCAGUAUCGAUGGAGAUUGCCAGUCUUUCCGCGUUGGCGCUUGGGUUUGUGUUUGUUGGCAGUCAGCAUGGAGAGAUCUCGGAAACAAUCCUGCAAACGCUGAUGGAAAAGUUCGAGCGGGCAGACAAAUCCCUAGACGAGAAGUGGGCAAGGUUCAUGGCCUUGGGUCUUGGCCUUCUGUAUCUCGGCUUGCAAGAUGCGUCAGACGCCACCCUCGAAACUCUGAAGGCCAUCGACCACCCAAUAGCCCAAACCGCUCAGAUCUUGGUCGAAGCGUGCUCCUUCGCUGGAACAGGCAACGUUUUGAAGAUUCAAUCCAUGUUGCACCAAUGUGAUGAGCAUAUCGGUGUCUCGGCCGCGAAGAAGGACGACAAGGAGGAGAAGAAGGACGAGCCGAAGAAGGAUGACACCUUCCAAGCCUUUGCCGUUCUUGCCAUCUCGUUGAUCGCGAUUGGAGAGGAUAUUGGCGCUGAGAUGUCUCUGCGUCAAUUCAACCACCUGAUGCACUAUGGCGAGCCUGUCAUCCGAAAAGCAGUCCCUCUCGCUAUCGGCCUUGUCAGCACAUCCAACCCUCAACUACCCAUCCUCGACACACUCUCCAAGUACAGCCACGACAAUGACCUGUCAGUGGCGAUCAACGCGAUCUUCGCGAUGGGCCUUGUUGGUGCUGGCACGAAUAACGCCCGUCUAGCUCAGAUGCUGAGGCAGCUAGCUGGAUACUACCAGAAGGAACCCGACUCGCUGUUCAUGGUCCGUAUUGCACAGGGUAUGGUGCAUAUGGGCAAGGACACGCUCGAUCUUAACCCCUUCUUCUGUGAUCGGAGUAUCAUGAACCGGCCUGCCGUUGCUGGGUUGCUGGCGACGCUGACUGCAUUUACGGACACCAAAUCCUUUAUUCUUGACAAGUACCACUGGAUGCUAUACUUCCUUACCCCUGCCAUGUAUCCCCGCUUCUUCAUCACCCUCGAUGAGAACCUCAAGAACAAGCCCGUCACGGUGCGUGUCGGACAGGCGAUUGACGUCGUUGGCCAGGCCGGCAAGCCACCGCUUGCUAUCCGCUUCUCUGCGACCAAACUAGGGGAGGAAUUCACGGCGCGCGAAGAAGGAGAGCUAGAGACAAAACCCGACGCUGAGAAGGAGAACCAGCCAAAAGACAAGCUUCCAGGGACGAUAGACGAUCUCCGCAACUUGGCGAGGCAGUGUGCUGUGUUCCUGUUGAGCCAUAAUGCCGAACCAGACGCAGUGGAUUUGCUUGAGGAAUUGGAGAUCAUAGAAGACAUCACUGGUCUCGUGGACGAGAACACGUAUGGACGCGUUUGCCAAUACAUGCUUCGAUGCGUGGAUUUCCUAGUUCCUCCUGAUGACGUCCACUUCCUUCGAACUGCCCACGCGAUCUACGUCAAAUAUUCCAAAUUCCCUGACGCGUUGACAAAAUCUCGCUCACAGCAAUUAGCAAUGCGUUCUGUAUUCUUCAUCCUUUUCAACACAGCUGCCCUCCACUGGUUGGCUGCCCUUGCGUUCCCCAUCUCUGCACUCCUCAAGCUUGAGCCGAGGGCGACACUCCAGGGAAUUGACCAGCAGACGUAUGACCAGCUUGUGCUGGCACGCUUUGAUCAAGGAGGCGAGUUUCAACCGAAUUUGGGCAAUAACUGCACUAGUAAACUACAAGUCCAUGUCUUUCGCGGUCAGUUCUCCAACCACGGAACCCAAGCCUUCGUCGCUCGUGACGACAACAAAAAAGAGAUUGUCGUAGCGUUCCGUGGCACUGAGAAUAUGCUCGACGACAUCCUCAAGGACCUACUUAUCUGGCGGAAAUCCCUAGACGGGGUCAUCGGCCUCAGUAACGCUGGCUCUGCGACAGCCCACUCUGGUUUCAUUUCGGCCUUCAAUGCCGUCGGUCAAGACAUGCUUGGGGUGGUUUCAAGGCAAGCUUCAGAGUAUCCCUCCUAUCGGAUCGUCCUUACCGGACAUUCGAUGGGUGGUGCUGUUGCGUCCCUUGGUGCGCUUGUGGUCAAGUCAGCACUUCCACAAGCUAAUGUCGUGCUGUACACAUACGGACAGCCAAGAGUGGGCAACGGCGACUUUGCGUCAUAUGUGGAAAACAUGAUUGGAGAGAACAACAUCUUCCGAGCCGUCCAUACAAAUGACUGGGCGCCGCUUGUUCUACUCCCCAUUACGGGAUAUCGGCAUUUUGCUACAGAGUACUGGAACUUCAAGGAUCCAGCUUCCCCGGCUACGGUCGCAGUUACCUCUAUUAAGCUCUAA